CACCAUGGCCAGAAAAGCUUUAAAACUAGCAUCAUUUGUCAGUGGAGUAGGGGCCACUGCUGCUUUAUACAUACACAGCAACAAGCAUCUGGAUCCCAAUGAUUUUGGAGUGGUUCGAAUAGGCAGAGCUGUUGCCACUACAGCAGUGAUCACUUUUGACUACCUCACUUCUCUUCGAAAUUUUCCACGUGGGACAGAAGAGUAUGACUAUGUCAAAUCACAGGUGCACCUGCGUUCCGCAGAACGUCUCCGAGAUUUAUGCUGUGCCAACCGAGGUACCUUCAUCAAAGUAGGACAGCAUCUGGGGGCUCUUGAUUACCUCUUGCCUGAGGAAUACACCCGCACCCUCAAGAUUUUGCACAGCCAAGCUCCUCAGAGCAGCAGGCAGGAAAUCGAGCAAGUGAUCCAGGAGGACCUAGGCAAAGGGAUCAAUGAAUUGUUUGCUAGUUUUGAAGAUGUUCCAUUAGGGGCAGCAUCGUUGGCUCAAGUCCAUAAGGCUGUGCUACAAGAUGGGAGGACAGUUGCUGUGAAAGUUCAACAUCCUAAGGUCCAAGCACAGAGUUCUAAGGAUAUUCUACUGAUGGAGAUCCUCAUCUUGGUUGUGAAGCAAAUAUUCCCAGACUUUGAGUUUAUGUGGUUGGUGGAUGAAGCUAAGAAGAACUUGCCUCUUGAACUUGAUUUCCUUAAUGAGGGAAGGAAUGCCGAGAAGGUAUCCCACAUGCUCAGAUGCUUUGACUUCUUAAAGGUUCCAAAAAUUUAUUGGGAACUUUCAACAAGACGUGUUCUUUUCAUGGAGUUCAUGGAAGGUGGACAAGUGAAUGACAAGGACUACAUGGACAGAAACUGCAUCAAUGUCAGUGAGAUCUCUCGCAACCUAGGAAAGAUAUACAGUGAAAUGAUCUUUGUGAAUGGCUUUGUGCACUGUGACCCCCAUCCUGGCAAUGUCUUGGUGAGGAAGUGUCCAACUACAGGCAAGUCGCACAUUAUACUUUUGGACCAUGGACUCUAUCAGGUCCUGACAGACAGCUUCCGCUUGGAUUACUGCCGACUUUGGCAAGCCCUGAUCAAGGCAGACAUAAAGCAGAUUAAAAAAUACAGCCAGCGCCUGGGAGCAGGUGAUCUGUACCCCUUGUUUGCUUGCAUGCUUACUGCACGUUCCUGGGCAUCAGUCAACAGAGGCAUUGAUCGUUUGCCCGUCACAAGUAAUGAGGAUGUAGAAAUCCGGACCAAUGCUGCUACUUACUUACCUCAGAUCACUAAGCUUCUCAGCAAUGUUCCUCGUCAGAUGUUGCUGCUGCUGAAGACCAACGAUUUGCUCAGGGGGAUUGAAUCCGCCCUGCAGACACGGGCUAAUGCCAGCUCCUUCCUCAACAUGUCUCGCUGCUGCAUACGAGCUGUUGCUAUGUAUCAAAGGAGCAAGAGUAACUCGCUGUUCAGAAAGGCUCAGAUAUCCCUUUCUGAGGCCUUGAGCUUGUGGCAGAUAAAUCUGUAUGAACGGUUUCUAUGGCUGAAAGUGUCCAGGCUGGGAAACUGGGUCAUUGCUUUCUUGAAGUGGAUGCACCGUUCUAAGUAA